AUGGUGGGGUCUGGGAUCCCAGCUUUGGGCCUCUUCCUGCUAAUGCAGGGCUCAGCAGAUGGGAAUGGAAUCCAGGGAUUCUUCUAUCCAUGGAGCUGUGAGGGAGAUGUGUGGGACCGGGAGAGCUGUGGGGGCCAGGCGGCAAUUGAGAACCCGAAUCUCUGUCUGCGUCUACGAUGCUGCUACCGCGAUGGGGUCUGCUACCACCAGCGGCUGGAUGAAAACAUGCAGAGGAAGCACAUGUGGGCACUUGGCUGGAUAUGCGGAGGCCUCCUCUUCCUGAUCUCCAGCAUCUGCCUGUUCUUGUGGGCCAAGCGAUGGGAUAUGGUGCGUUUGCCGUGGUUCCUGAAGGGCAAGUGCAACCUGUCCAAGACGUCUCUGUUAUCCAAGGACCGGACGCCGAGUGAAAAGAUGGCGUCCUUUGGCAGCACGCCCACGGAGGGGGCCCUGGACUUCCCGGGGGGCACUGAUGGGGAGGGCACGGAAGGAGGCGAAGAAACAGGAGCAGGGGAGGAAGAUUAG